ACACAUACCUUUGAGACACUAUAAAACCUAUUAUUUCGACAGAAUGUUUUGGUAACCUAAAACAUUUCAGUCAUGUGAGAAUACACAUGAUAAAACAUAUUUUGAAACUUUACUUGGGGUCUUUAAUUAAUCUGAAGCACAGCUAUACCUUAAUAACCAACAGGCUCAUAUGUCAAAUAGAUUGCAGUCUACAAUACUGUUAAUGGAAAACAGAAAAAAGCAGAUGAAAGAUAUUCCACGCAUAUGGUUCAGGAAGAAAGCAACACUAAUUUUUGCGCUGGACAUUGAUAAAGAUGGAAUACUCUCAUAUGAAGACGCAAUGACAGUAGUAGAUCGAAUCAUUAAAUCAGCCAAUUUGAAAGGAGCUGCAUCAGAUAAUAUCAUACAAUUCUUCAGAAAGUUUAUGACUGGUUACGACCAAGCAAAUCCUGGAAUAUAUGAGAAGACUUGGGAAGUACAACUAUUAGAAGUCUGGUCCACUUUGAAUAGUGAAGUGGUUUCUGAGAGACUAAAAGCAUUGCAUGGCAAAUUAUUUCAGACUCUUGAUUUCAACUCUGACGGCUUUAUCCAUUUCUCUGAGUAUAUACACUGGUGGAAGGCCCUUGGUCUGGAUCCAAGUUUAGCAAGAUUGCAGUUUGAUUACAUGGAUACUGACCAUGAUGGGAGGAUCACUGAGAAAGAAUUUGUAGAUGCAGCCCUUGAUUACGAAUAUAAUUGCGAUAACGAUACAAAGAAUCGUUUUUAUGGACCGCUGGUUGACUUUUGAAUUGAUGGAGCAUAAAUGGAAGAACAUUUUUUCUACUGCCGACAUAAGUGACAU